AUGUCUGCAAACCCGUGCACACAUUGUCACCUUGAGGCCCUUGGCCUAGGUGGCCGUGGAGCCCAUUUGGUCAUCCCAUCAAUCAUUGCACCCAUUUUGGCCUUGGUCCUCGUGGCAAACCGGAUCUAUUGGCGCAUUAGGCUGCUGGGAAGACUCGGUCUAGACGAUAUGACGACCCUGUUAUCUUUGACAUUCCUUGUCCUCCAGUGCAGUGCUUCCAUUGCUGCAGUGAAUUAUGGAUAUGGCCGGCCGUUUGACCUCAUCAGCAGACAUCAAGCUGCGCAAGCCUUAAAGUAUUUCUUUCUGCUGCAAAUAUUCUACAAGCUUACCAUCAAUUGUACCAAGCUGUCGAUACUCUUCCUAUAUCUCCGCAUUUUCACCGAUCGCCUUUGGUUUGUUCGAACAUGCUGGAGUUUGGUCGCCUUUGUGGUUGGUGCUUGCAUCUCCUUCACCCUCGCAACGAUUCUCCAGUGCAAUCCAAUCUCGCGGGCAUGGGAGCGAUGGAGAAGCGAUGGGAGUUGUGUCGACAUCUAUGCCUUGUGGUACAGCAACGCCAUCUACAACAUUUUCACAGAUCUCCUCAUUGUGUUGAUGGUGCCGCCCGUAAUAUUCACGCUCAAGUUGCCAAUGCGGCAGAAAUUGGCCUUGACUUGCAUAUUCGGGCUGGGCGUCAUUGUGUGCGCUGCUUCGAUUUCGCGAUUGACGACCUUGUACUCUUCGGCUUAUGGCGACGACAUUACCGCCGGGUCUCUGGUGUCAACGAUUUGGACCACAAUCGAGGCCGGCCUCGGCGUCAUCUGUGCCAAUCUCCCCAUGGUGCGGACGCCCCUCCAACAUUUCUUUCCCAGACUGUUCCCUCCAAGGACUGGAACAGGUCACAUCUCGAGUGCGGUUCCUUCCCAGCGAAGCGGCGCAGCCCAUGGCGAGGCACUAGCGUCUCCCGCAAGAUUGAUUCCGCCACCUGUUCCUACGCGCAAGACAAGCCUUCCAAGUCAGACACGGGUCAAUGGUAUUCCUGGCGCAACAGGGACGUAUCACCAGAGUAGUUUGCGCGGGGAAGUGACCAAGCUGCAUGGCACGAGUCGACUAGCACGUGUCCGGGACAUUGAGACUCAGACGGGGUAUUCUGACCACUCAAGCCGUCCAGAUAUAGGGAUGGAAAGGAGGAGAGAGGUGGACUGCUACGGAGAACAGCAUCAGAUGUGGUCACCGUGA